UUACUCUCUCAAAAUUCAAAACCAUAACCUCUUUAGAACUCCAUAACUAGUAACUCUUACCUUCACUUCCAUCUUUCACUAUCAAUACCUUUUUCCCAUCUCUCCGACACAUGGAUAUGUUUACUACAAAUAACUCUUCUUCUUCUUCCUCUGACACUUCAUUGCAGAAUUCAUAUGGCUCGAAUUGUAUGUCAAUUUUCAACCAUGAGGUUCGGUUAGCUGCGACUACCCCGAAGAAGCGUGCAGGGAGGAAGAAAUUCAAGGAGACUCGCCAUCCAGUAUAUAGAGGUGUAAGGAGAAGAAACAAUAAUAAAUGGGUAUGUGAAAUGAGAGAGCCUAACAAGAAGACUAAGAUUUGGUUAGGGACUUUUCCUACUGUCGAGAUGGCUGCCCGAGCACACGAUGUUGCUGCACUGGCAUUAAGGGGCCGCUACGCCUGUCUCAAUUUUGCAGACUCAACGUGGCGGCUCCCUAAACCAGCUAGUACUGAGGCAAAAGAUAUACAAAAGGCGGCUACAGAAGCCGCAGAGGCUUUCAGACCAGACCAAACUUUACCAACUAAUGAUGUUGACAAGACUCUAACGGUUAAUGACAUUGACACGGCGGUAGUUGCCACCACCACAGAAGAGCAGAAUAUAUUUUCUAUGGAACUGGAAGAAGAUGCAGUAGAGCAGAAUAUGUUUUCUAUGGAAGCGGAACAAGAGGGAGAGAUGAGCAUGCCAGAGAUGUGGAGGAAUAUGGCACUAAUGUCCCCAACACAUAGUUUUGGGUAUCAUGAUGAAUAUCAAUAUAUUGAUGAACAAGACUAUCAAGAUCAAGAGAUAUCUCUAUGGAGCUUUUAGUUUUCUUUAUGAGGAACUGAGUUUUUAAGAUUGAUCUUUUGGUUUACAUUUAUUUGUUUAUUUAUUAUUAUGGAUUGUAGAAUGGAGAUUGAAAAAGAAACCCUUUUUGUAUUCUUUUCUGGGAAUGUAAUCCCUAGUCAAACAUAAAGUGCAUUUCAUCCCCUUUUAUUCUAUAUAAAUUGAGAAUAUACUGUAACUUUUUGAUGUCAAAAUAUCUGUCUAUGUAAUAUAUACUGGCACAUGGUUGAAAUUUCAACUUUGUACAUAAAAUAUAUCAAUCAAUUCUUGCUUAGCUGAUUA